AAUUCUGACACUUUUUGUGUGCAACUCUCCUUCAAUCCUUCUUUGUCCCUUUCCCCCAAAAGCUUCUCUCCUUUUGAUUCUCUCCUCCGAAUCAUGCUUCGCAGUUUAAUCCCUCAUUCCCCCAUCAAUUCCGCUUCCAAUUCCAUGUCGUCCAAGCGCCCCGCCGACGCCGACUCCGCCGCCGACGACCCUUCCUCUAAGCGUCUCAAUUCCGGUCCCUCCAACUUCCACGCCGGCGCCUCCGGGGAGAAGGACGUCGAGGAGGAAGAAGAGCUUCCGCUUGUCGAUGGCAGCGACUCCACUGGUUUGAGGCUGCUAGGUCUUCUUCUUCAAUGUGCUGAGUGCGUCGCUAUGGAUAAUCUACAAGAGGCGAACGAUCUCUUGCCGGAGAUCUCGGAGCUCUCCUCGCCGUUCGGUACCUCACCUGAGCGCGUCGGCGCGUACUUUGCCCACGCGCUUCAGGCUAGAGUGAUAAGUUCUUGCUUGGGAACCUACUCGCCCUUGUCGAUUAGGACGCUGAAUCAAACUCAGUCGCAGAGGAUGUUUAAUGCUCUGCAAUCCUACAAUUCGAUCAGUCCCUUAAUCAAGUUCUCUCACUUCACUGCUAAUCAAGCCAUUUUCCAAGCCUUGGACGGCGAGGAUCGAGUCCACGUUAUCGAUCUCGACGUAAUGCAAGGUCUUCAAUGGCCUGGAUUGUUCCACAUCCUCGCCUCCCGCUCGAAGAAAAUCCAAUCCCUACGAAUAUCCGGCUUCGGAUCCUCUUCGGAAUUGCUCCAAUCCACCGGGCAGAGACUCGCCGAUUUCGCAACCUCCCUCGGCCUCCCGUUCGAGUUCCAUCCAGUGGAAGGCAAAAUCGGAAACCUAACGGACCCAAAGCAACUGGAAUUGAGGGCAGGCGAGGCGGUGGUAGUGCACUGGAUGCACCAUUGCUUGUACGACAUAACCGGCAGCGAUAUAGGUACGCUGAGACUUCUUUCAACCCUAAAACCUAAACUGAUCACCAUUGUGGAACAGGAUCUGAGCCAUGGGGGCAGUUUUCUAGGAAGAUUCGUAGAAGCUCUGCAUUACUACAGCGCGUUAUUCGACGCGCUGGGUGAUAGUUUGGCGAUGGAUAGCGUGGAAAGGCAUGUGGUGGAGCAGCAAUUGUUGGGAUGUGAGAUUAGGAACAUUAUCGCCGUCGGUGGACCCAAAAGAACUGGAGAAGUGAAGGUGGAGAGAUGGGGGGAUGAACUGAAACGGGUCGGGUUCGGAGCCGUCUCUCUUGGGGGAAACCCAGCUGCUCAGGCCAGUCUGCUUCUGGGCAUGUUCCCCUGGAAAGGGUAUACUCUGGUUGAAGAAAAUGGGUGCCUGAAACUCGGAUGGAAGGACCUUUCCCUGCUCACAGCCUCUGCCUGGCAGCCCUGUGAUUGAAAACCCCAUUGUUUCAAGUGCUUUUCUUAGAGCAGUUCAUAAUUUUGGUUGAAGGGGGGGCGGGGCAGGGGCAGGGGCAGGGGCAGCCCUCCCUCCCUCCCUCCCUUCCUCUGCCAAGAACAAUAAUGGCGCCAUUAUUCCUGGCUGUGGAUGAACAGAGGAGGCCAUUAAAGCAGCAAAAGAAUUGGGACAACAAAGCUCGUCUUACUGAGUUUGGGAACUUGGAGAUUGUUGGAUUAGCAAACAACCUGCUGUGUAAGACUCCUUUAUCUCUGCUGCUUCUCUGGUUUUAGUUCUGUGUAAAAUAUCAUUGUCUAUUUCAGAAUAAAAGCAUGAUGAAUAAGAUCAUUAUUCUUGCUUCUGGAUCC